UUCAGACGUGAAACCCCGCACCCCAAGUUUUUUGCUCACUGCGCCAAACUUUGCCCAGCGAUCGUCUAGCUAAUUAUUAGCGGCGUCGCCUGCCGUAGAUUGCUAAUUGCUGCAGAACAAUUACCACUUGAACACCAAAACUUAUUCGCUAGCAAGCUUCCAAGAAAAGAAAAAAAAUUAGCCAGGAAAAUGACUAUCCGCCUAGCUCGCGACGAGGAGCCGGCCGCCGCUGUUGGCCAAGGCCUCAAAGGCCACAAGCUGCUCAUGCUAGUGCCUGCGCCCUACAUGCCGCCCCCGGAGCAUCUGGACUACCUGCGAAGAAGGUUUCCCGGGCUGGAGAUCUUUGCCCACGCCCGGGAGUGGGCUGACAGGAACGCUCCGGCUGCAUCGGCCGACGGAGGCUGGAGGUGGGAGGACAUAACCAUUCUCAUCACCGGCAGCGCCCUGCCGAGCAAGGAAGAGGCAGUCAAGCUCCAAUACGUGCAGCUGCUCAGUGCCGGCGCCAACCACAUCCUCCAGCAUCCCCUCUUCGCAGAGACUGACAUAACAUUUUGCACCGCCAACGGGGUUCACGGCCCGCAGAUCAGCGAGUGGGUCGUCGGCACGCUGCUGUCCUUUGAGCAUCAUUUGCCUCCUUUGUGGGAUCAGCAAAAGGAGUCCCGCUGGGAGAAAAAAGAUGCCUACCAACAGGUUACCGAUUCUGUCGGACGCAGAUUAGGAGUCCUCGGCUAUGGAAGCAUUGGAAGGCAGACCGCACGCCUCUGCAAGGCACUGGGAAUGGAUGUGCACGCGUACACCCUCCAUCCGCGACACACUGCCGAGUCGCGUCGCGAUACUUCGUACGCGCCUCCAGGAACCGGAGACCCCGAAGGCUUGUUCCCUUCCAAGUGGUUCUCUGGAGGGAGCAAGCAAGACCUGCACCGGUUCCUCUCGUCUGGGCUCGAUGUGCUCGUCAUCUCGACACCAUUGACCGACAAGACGACUCACCUGCUUGGGCCGGAGGAGUUUGAAAUCUUGAGCCAGCGUGGAACCUUUGUCUCCAACAUUGCUCGCGGUCCGAUUAUUGACACGGAUGCACUCAUAGACGCGCUGAACACGGGGAAGAUUCGUGGCGCGGCGCUGGACGUGACCGACCCUGAACCACUGCCCAAGGAUCACGCUCUGUGGAAGGCCAAGAAUGUGACGAUAACACCCCACCUGAGCUCGGCCUCCAACUCGUACGGCAAAAGGAUCAUGGGUAUUUUGGAGGGAAAUUUGGAAAAAUUGAGCCAGGGCAAGCCACUGAUGAACCGAGUGAGCCGGAAGGACGGCUAUUAGUUGUGACCCAUCGUAAAUUUAUGACACAAACCUACUGCUGUAGGACCCUGAGAAAAAGACCCUGCAUGUUACUGCCGGUUCCGCUGUGGGGUGAGAAUUGUGAAGAACUCGAAGGCAUCAUCAUAUCCAAUUCGUG